AUGGCCUCCAAGUGGCUCCGCAUCUUGGUUCUACUUCUGCUGGGUCUUGCAACCUCCGAGUCGCCAAGACGACAGUUGAGUUGGUGGCACAAACAGUACUACCAGUCGCUAUGGCAACAGAGGCUGCGCUUCACGACGACUCCCCGGCCAGGAGCCACUCCCGAAUCGGAUGAGGCCAGACUGGUGUAUCCCUGCUACUGCUACAAGCCAACUCCCGAGGGCUUGGCCACUGCCAGUCCGGUGGAGCAGCGAAUGAUCGAGACCAAGGAAAUAUUCUUCCUGAACAAAUAGUGGGAUGUGCGGUAAUGAUGUACACAACGAUAUGCAGUCGAAAUAGAACAGGUAAAGUGUUCAUUAGGGAAAAGUAAAUAAACUCGUGGCGGAAUUGCCAGCAAAUCUGUCCAAGUCCUGGACUUUAAACCAUUGCUGCAAAUGCCGCACGACUUUCAAGACAACAGCAGCCAUGCUGCCAGUCAAAAGCAAUUUCGGUUGGUCGGAAAACAAAAGCCACGUAAUCCUGGCCACUCCCUACCGACACUAACUCAGCCACUAAGUGAAAAUAGUUUGCUGGCCAAAAUGUGCUUUGCUUUUGCUUU